AUGGGGAUUAUCUUGGGCUGGGUGUGUGGGAUGCAUUUGAUACGAAAUAAAACUUUCAGACUUACAGAUUUCUCUCCCGUUCAUGUUCAGUCGGUUACAGUUCUGUUUGCACAGUGCCGCCUCCCAGAGUGUCCCCUCAGAGUUGCCGCCCUUGGCCUGAGCCCGCCCCUUUCCCCUCACGGUUCCCGCCCUUUCCCUGCCCCCUUUCCCCUCACGGUUCCCGCCCUUUCCCUGCCCCCUUUCCCCUCGCGGUUCCAGCCGGUUCGGGGAGAGGAGCAGGGCUGGGGGAGAUGGAAGAGGAGGGAUGAAGGCGGAGUGAGAGCAGCGAUGGAAGGAGGAGGAGAAGGCGGGGUUAGGGAGCAGGAGGAGGAGAAGGGAUGGAAGGGGCGGGAUGGAAGAGGAGAAGGAGGCGGAGAUAACGCUGAGGAGCGGGAGGGGGGAUGGGAGAGGAGCAGCGGGAGGAAGAGGAAGAGGAGGGACAAAGGCGGAUCGAGGCUGAGCGGACGAAUCCACGGUCUGAAGCCAAGCCUGAAUUCGCAGCCCCCACCUGUGGGAUCAUCGGCCCCGCAUCGCGCCGAGCAGGAGCGGAGCAUGGAGAGCAGGGAGGACAAAUGCCCGCGGCAGGAGCUGGUGGAAGAGGCCGUUUUGAGCGGCUCCACGGCGCAGGAAGGCAACGGGGAGGAAAAGGCGCGGAGAUGCCGCACGAGGAGGGGCUGCAAACGCAGCCGGCGGGGAUGUGAGGGGGAAAGAGCCGGCCUGGGCCGGGAAGGCGGCCGGAGACGGAGGCAGAGCUCGGAGCUGGUGCUCCGUGAGCAGCUCCGUGAUGGGGAGAAGCCCCACACGUGCGGGGAGUGUGGGAAGAGCUUCAGCAGGAACUCCGGACUGAUCGAGCACCAGAGGAUUCACACUGGGGAGAGGCCCUUUGAGUGUGGGGAGUGUGGGAAGAGCUUCAGUAGGAACUCCCAUUUGAUCAAGCACCAGAGGAUCCACACUGGGGAGAGGCCCUACGAGUGUGGCGAGUGUGGGAAGAGCUUCACUCAGCGCUCCAGCCUGAUCGUGCACCAGAGGACCCACACCGGGGAGAGGCCCUUCGAGUGUGAUAAAUGCAGGAAGAGGUUUUUGACCAGCACCUAUCUCGUCCGGCACUAUUGGAUUCACAAAGAGGAGAGGCCCUUCCAAUGCCCUGAGUGUGGGAAGGGAUUCAAGCGCAACUGCAACCUCGUCACCCACCGGCGCAUCCACACUGGGGAGAGGCCCUACCAGUGUCCCCAGUGUGGGAAGGGCUUUAAUAGUAGCUCCAAUCUCCGCGGGCACUAUUUGAUUCACACAGAGGAGAGGCCCUUCCAGUGCCCCGACUGCGGGGAGGGAUUCAAGAACAACGGCAACCUCGUCAGGCACCGGCGCAUCCACACAGGGGUGAGGCCCUACGAGUGUCCCCAGUGUGGGAAGAGGUUUCAGACCAGCACCCAUCUCUUCUGCCACUUUCAGACUCACUCAGAGGAGAGGCCCUUCCAAUGCCCCGACUGUGGGAAGGGAUUCAGGGACAACUCCAACCUCAUCGCCCACCGGCGCAUCCACACUGGGGAGAGGCCCUACGAGUGUGAUAAAUGCAGGAAGAGGUUUCGGACCAGCACCCAUCUCCUCAGGCACUAUUGGAAUCACACAGAGGAGAGGCCCUUCCAAUGCCCUGAGUGUGGGAAGGGAUUCAAGAUGAACUGCAACCUCGUCACCCACCGGCGCAUCCACACUGGGGAGAGGCCCUACGAGUGUCCCCAGUGUGGGAAGAGCUUCUCACACAGCUCUAACUUGACCAAACACCAACGGAGCCACCACUAAGGGAAGCCCUGUGAGUGCCCCGAGUGCGGGCAGAGCUUCGUGCGCUGCUCCAGCUCCAUCCUCCACUGGAGAAGGCACUGUGGGCACAGCCCUGGUCACUCACAUUCCCUGUGAUCCAUGCUGGGAACACACCUGGCUGCUUCUCCUUUCAUUAUCACCUUAAUUCUUUUCUCUUCUCCAUCUCUUUGCACUCCAAAAGCCAAGAGAGAUGAAUCUCUCACCUCAAAACAACUCAAAUCCCACUGAAAACAGCUCAGUCUUGCCCCAGAAUGCUCAAUCCCUCCUGAGAAAAACUCCAUGCCAUACAAAUUUUCCUCGAUUCUACAGCCGCCAGGCUCACAUGGGGUUGGGAGGUGAUUUACAGUAGUGGGAUCUCAAUUAGGGUGGUGGGGUGGGGAUUGUGUGGAGCUGGGUGUGUGGGAUGUAUUUGAUAGCAAAUAAAAUUCUCA